AUUUUUCACUGACAUUAACAUGACAUCUGAUAUUUUCAGUUUGCAGAGUGCAAAAUAGUGAUUGAAAUUGUAGAAUUAAAGUACUGAAUUUUAUUUUAAAACAGUUAAUUCAAUUGCAUUUAGACUCUUACAAAGACUUUUAAAAUGAAUACACUAAUAAGAAAGGGUUUCCGACCAUUAUUUAAUAGUACAAUUCGAGCAUCAUGUCGUACAUUUGCCGAUGUUAAUAUAAACGAGAAAAUAGAUAAAAUAGUAAAGGAUAAUAAGGUCGUAGUAUUUAUGAAAGGUGUACCUGAUGCGCCGCGGUGUGGAUUUAGCAACGCUGUUGUUCAAAUUAUGAGGAUGCAUGCUGUUCCUUACGUCAGUCAUGAUGUCCUCUCAGACGAAAAUCUAAGACAAGGUAUUAAAGAAUAUUCAAACUGGCCAACAAUACCACAGGUGUUUAUUAAUGGGGAGUUUGUUGGCGGCUGCGAUAUAAUGCUUCAAAUGCAUCAGUCCGGUGAAUUGGUGGAGGAAUUGAAAAAAGUUGGUAUACAAAGUGCUCUCUUGACUGCUGAACAAUCCAAGAAGGAAGAAAAGAAGUAGGAAUAGAGAGGUAGAUCUUUCUUGAGUAAAUUACAUAUAUAGUAUUUAUUGCAUUCAAUGGUUACAAGUAUAUUAUGUGUUUCAUUUAUUUUGUGUACAGAUUAAUUUUAUCAAAAGCACAAAAACAUUUUUUUUUAUAUAAUUUUACUUUACAAAAUCAAAACACAGCUUAGCUCCAAAUAAUUUUAAUAUUCUUUUAAAGUUUUAUUAAAUUUAGUACAACUAAGUUGCAAUUAUUAGGAGCCAGUGUUUAAAUAUAUUUAUCUUAUCUUUAUUCAAACUCAGUCUGAUGAUUUUAUUUUAAAAUGUUCUAGUGUUUUCAUUGUUAUGUUACAAUGUUAAAAAAUAAAUAUGUUAGUAAUAUUUUAAAUAUAUAUUAAAAGUUUCAAAUUAUGAUCUUUGUCUACCAAUAUUACAUUAUUGUCAACUUUCAAUGAUUUGGAUUUUAUAUUAUCUGUCUGUACUUUAGUUAUUUAUAUGUAAAAUAUUUAUUUAAACAACAAACAGUGAAUAUUUUACUUAUUAUUAGUGUGUUCAUUUUCAUAUUUGAUUAUUGUAACUUGUUUUGAGCCAAAUGAUAUUCUUUGAUUUACUUUGCCUCGUAACCUUAAGACCUUUUAUCAAAUGCAUGGUCGGAUUGAACCAAAUAAAAAAUUUGAUUAGGUUUAUUAUUGUUCUAGAUAUUAUAGUUUAGGAUAUAAUUAUUGUGCAUUUUUUUUGUGGUAAUUGGCUAUCUUAGAUGUAUAGAAGUUUGUAAAAAUGAAAUAAAUAAAAUGAAUUGUUUAA